CCUGUGUCCCACACUGAGGCAGGCCUCUCCAAGCAGACGGACUUACAGAUACUGCAGCGGACAGACAACUGUGUCAGCAGCCCAUCAGCAGCCUGCGGCUCGAGGUGUAGCAGCAGCAUCCAACACUGCAUCCACACCAUCCUCCCUCGUCCUCGUCACUGCUAACAUGGCAGACCCCAGCCUCACGUCACCCUCCAGGACCCCGCUGCGCUCCCCCAACAACUCCCUCACCCUCUCCUUCCCUUUCGUGAGGGAGGGGAGCCAGGUAUGGGAGGAAGGGAGGGAGCACCCGCUGCCUCGGGAUUUGCCCAGCCCGCUGAUAACCAAACGCAACCGCACCUACUCAGCGACGGUGCGUGCUCACUCAGGUCCAGUGUUUAAGGGUGUUUGUAAGAACUUCUCCAGGUCACAAGGUCACGGCUUCAUCCGACCCUCCCACGGCGGCGACGACAUCUUCGUUCACAUCUCAGACAUCGAGGGGGAGUAUGUCCCGGUCGAGGGCGACGAGGUCACGUACAAAGUGAGCCGGGUCCCGCCCAAGAACCUGAAGGUGCAGGCGGUGGAGGUGAAGCUCAUACACCUCAACCCAGGGACGAAACACGAGACCUGGUCGGGCCAGGUCAUCAGCACAUAGGCCUGAACUCCGGGGGCCUGGUGGGUCAUGCUGGGCAGGGCUGGGUGGGUGAUGGUGGACCUCUCGUGGGACUGAUAACUUUGUGCUCAAAUCCUUAGUUAAAGAAAAAAGUUUUACCUGCACAGCAAAGAGUCCAGAGUUAAUAAUAACUCGUGUGUAGCUGGUGUCCACUCAAAGCUGUCUGCUACACUGACGAAUUUGCUGUGUAUGUAAAACUGAUCAUUUAUUCACUGUUAGGAAAAAAGUUUUCUUUAUUUAUAUUUUUGCCAUGAUAGCAGUAAUAAAAGUCAGAUUUGAGAUGGGAGGGUAAAGUGACCAGCGUAGCAUCAAACUUUUAAAUCUGAAAGAGCUUAUUGGCUUCAUUUUCCACAGAGUUCAGCUGUAUGCAAAGUAUGAAACACUGGGAGAAUAAACUGCAGACAUAACUGUGGUGCAGAUCUGCAAACUGAGGCAUGACAGCUGAGGUAUGUGCAAGGAAGACAGCGAUGUGGGACAAAAGGCUGAAUUGAGUUUUACUUCCCUUCUUUGCAGCUGUUAUGCACUUGUUUACUUCACCAAAGUUUCCAGGAUCACAUGUUGGGUGCAAGUGUGGGUCAGUCAGAUGACUUGUUAUUACAGCCCACGCUGUUUCUACAUCGAGUGCAGACUUUGGAGCGACGAGAGGAAACUUUGAAUUUGAGAUAAUGGACGUAAAAGCAAGUGGUUUAGAGAGUAGAAGCUGAAGAAAUUUAAAGGUGCAGUGUGUAGAUUUAGGGGGAUGUAUUGGCAAAAGUGGAUUAUAAUAUAAUAAGUGUGUUUGCUUUAUCUGAAAAUAAGAUUUUUGCGUUUAUGUUGGCUCAAAAUGAGUCGUAAUAUCUACAUAGGAAGCGAGUCCUCCCCAUGGACGCAUAAAGAGAGCUGUAUACAGCGUUGGAGGUGGGACCCUGCUCAUAUGAAAGUUCCAAGUAGUGCAUAAAACCAAAAUAAUUUGAACUGCCUUGUAUAAAAUUACCUGGAUGAUCACCGCAGCUUCUGCAUCACUGGGCCCACAGAUCAAGCACAGUAGGGUAAAGUUGGUGUUUGUUGGAGCGUUCUUGUCCUGCCAUGUUUCCCCUCCGAUGCUUCUGUUCACGGUUAAACUAGAACGACAACUGGCCACAUGUCAUGCUGACGUUAAAGGAUGCCCUUUUUUGUCAGUGUCUGGCGCCACAAGUCACUGCCCAAGCACUGGAUUUUGACGACUUCGGAGUGAGACCAGGUUGUAUAACCGGGCCUGCCGUCAGGUGGUGUCAAAGGGUACAGAUGACCCCAGCCCAUGACCCGUCAUGAUUUAACACCUUGCAUUAAUUUCCUUAAUCAAUGUUUGAUUUUACUUUUUUUCUAAUCAUUCAUCGGAGGGCAUUGUUUUGGCCCAGGACACACAUGACUACCUCUGCUUUUCAAAAUAAGACGACAAGGUCUUAACAGUAGAUACAAGUACAAGUAGAUAAAAAAUACUGGUGGAAAUACGUUUAAUUGGAUUAUAUUUACAGGAAGUAUAAAAAUGUGUAGGGAUCCCCUUCCCCAUUGGGUGUGAAUGAGGGGCCCACUUUAAAAAAUGUUGUCCCCCUGCCUGUAUUUCCUAACAGCUGGCCUGGUUGUAACGCUCAAAAAAAUGUAUCCACUGAUUUACAGACGUCUCUUUCACAACAUUAAUGUAUGGAAAGAAAUUUAUCUGGGCCCAAUGGCAUCACGUGACGAACUCAGAAGUUGUAACUCCACAGUUUAGUCACUACAAAAAUUGGCUUCAGAGCUUGGCGCACCUCCUGGGGGGCCUGGUCUUUGUCCAUAGAGCCUGCCAUGUUGAAUCACCAUUUUUCUGCAGUAGCCAAGACCGGACAAACAUAUCACUGGCUCUAAAAAGGGCCAUUCCCUUUUUUGCGUUUUGGCGUGAGCUACUUUAGUUAGCAGCCCCUCCACACUGAGUCAAACAGCGUAAAACAUAUCCUGCUUUCUCUGUUUUUUUACCGAUUAAAAUCACAAGUCCAUUUGUUUCAGAGAGGCAGAGACCUCUGUGGAUAAUUCGGCUAAUGGUAAAAACCUCGUCUGGAUCUUAAGUUAGAGCGGAAAAAGGUGCGCCCACAUUAGCAGGUGCUGGUCUAGCGGCCUCUCUGCAACCAGCCAAACAGUGUUAGGGUGACACUGAUUUGUAAACUGCUUUAUUUAGUGUUUUUACCAGUUUUAAUCACCUGGACCAUUUGUUUUGGAGAGGAGGACACCUCUGUGGAUAAUUUGGCUUUCAGUUAAAACCUCCUGAACAAUGAACACUGAAAGAAUUCAAACUGGGAGUUCAGGCAAGUUUCAGCUGGUUGUAAACUUCAAUCCUCACCACUAGAUGCCACUAAAUUCUACACACUGCUCCUUUAAAUUAUUUUGUUGUCGAGUGAAAGACAGUUGAAAUGGCAGGUUGACAUCGUCAGGAUGUCUCAUAACCUCCUUUUUGGGUUUCAGGUCACCAGUUUAGAAGCAUGAACUUAAAGGGGAAGUUUUGUUAUGAGAGUAAGAGUGAGAGUAAGUUGGAAGUUUGUUUUGUCUUAAACAAAAAGAGCAUGAAGGAGGAUUAAAAGAGGCAGAUCACAUUAAACCAAGCAUGGAUAUUUCAAAAAUAUGAAAAAAAAAAAAAUUACUGUGAAAGGCGACUGCAAGUAUCUUCCUGACAAAUGCAUUUUCUCAGUUGUAACGUCUUGUUUGUGGUUAUUUAUUUUAAUUAUUUAUUUGAUGAUUGAAUCAGAUUUGUGUGUCCUCAGAUUGCAAGCUCUAUAUUUUGAUGAAUACAGUCAAAAGUUGCACUUAUAAAAAUUUGAACUUCCACUAUGAAAACUGCCAGAAAAAAAACAAACUGCUCCAGACAUCAUUGUGAGGUUUUUCUCAGCUUGAAAAUUCCUGUUUUGUCCGGAGCCACAAAUCGCUGAUAAAGAAAUGUGUUUGUAAAUCUUUUUCUAUUAUCAGAAAAAACAUGUAUCUGUGUGUGAUUUAUUAAGUGUAGUCAGUGUGAAGGUGACCUCCAUGACUUCAUAGUUGGUGCCAAAAGAGAUCAUUGUCACAUAAAUGUUUGUAGGUAUAUCAGGUUCUGUUCAUGUACUGUACUGUAUGUCAUUUUCUAUUAUAUAUGUUUCAUGGAUUCUCUAUGCAUCUUGUCUGUCUGUCAGUGUCACUGCUUGAAUACGUUCACCAUUAAAUUUGGUUUGUUUCUGUCACAUCAACGUGAACAAACCACUGUGGUGGUGAUCCUCAUGAUUUCUUCUACCGAGCCUUGAAAGAACAUUAAAGCAUUUUAUGAUUCACA